GUGCCGUGCACUUUGCGACGGAGAAAUUUUUCAAAAUUUAACGUGGGAGAAAGACAGAGCAAGAGCGAGAGCGAGGGAGAGCGCGCGCGUUUGAGUGAGCGUGUAAGAGUGAGAUAGAGAGCGCGUAAAAUAGAGAGAACUGACAAAAUAUCAGUCUCAUGAUAAAAGCGUACAACAACAAAAACACAAGAAAAGCGUCGUGCAUGAGAAAUCGAUAAGAGCCAGCUGAAGUGAAAGAAGAAGCAGCAGCAAAAGCUGUGUGCGUUUGUGUGUGUGUGUGUGUGCGUACCAAAAAACGUAAGAAGAAUCGAUUAAAGUAGCGCCUAAAAGAAAAUUUUUGAUUGACAUGCCGGAAAAAUGUUACAAUAGAAAUUUGAAGUGUUGCUGGGCCUAAGAAGAGGCCGAUGGAAAACUAAUUUCCACAAGGAUAUGCUGAAUGGCUUAAAUAUCAAACACCAAUAAAGAGGCUACGCACAAAAAACAAACAAAAACUUUCCUCUUCCCCAAAAAAAUACUUAAACAAAAUGCAAAAAAUGUCAAAGAAAAUUUCAAAUAUAACAUGUGAUGUGAGGCAAUUUCAUAGCCUAAUCACAUGUAAUAUAUGUCAGGGUUAUAUGAUUGAUCCCACCACAGUGGAUUAUUGUUAUCACACAUAUUGUCGCAGUUGUAUAUUGAAACAUCUGCUGCGUGAUGCCUAUUGUCCGGAAUGCAAAAGCUCUGGAGGCAAACAGAUCAGUGAAGAUAACCUAAGACCUGAUAAUACAAAACGUUCGCUCAUCUAUAAACUGGUGCCGGGUCUAUAUCAAAGAGAAUGCAAUCAAUUGGCCGAGUUUGAGGAACAGCAAAAGGAAUUGUCUAGCGAUAGAGAUCAUGAUAACGAUGAAGAGGAGGAGGUGGAAGAGGAUGAGAAACCUCAACAGGAGUUCUUUACAGUUGCAGAACCAAUUAGUUUAUCAUUAGAAUAUCAUCCCGCCAUGUUGCAACAAUGCGGUGCGGGUAAGGGUCCAGCGAUUAUAUAUUUGCAGUGUCCCGCUGGUCUUAAAGUUCAGCAUUUGAAACGCUUUCUAUCCUCCAAAUAUGAUAUUGAUUUGGAGAAUAGACAAAUCGAACUGGAGAUCACAUAUGAGGACGAGGUAUUACCAAUUAAUUUUACACUAAUGGACGUGGGCUACUGUUACAAAUGGAAUCGGCUUGCGCCCAUGGCCUUUCAAUAUAGGAUACUAUUGUACGAUGAAAUGGAGCGUAUAAAUUGUCAAGAGAAGAAUUUAUCAAAAGUUAAGCAGGAUAUUGAAUUAGGACAAGGUCAGGAGCAGGCUAGUAGUUGUGUUGGUGGUGGUGCCCGUUGGAAAACGGCUAAAUCUGUGACCUUUGCCGAUGACUUGGAAUUGGAUAUAGAAUCGCAAACAUCGCAACGUUCGAGCAAGUCGCGUGGCAAAGUUUCAAAUGUAACGAAAACGACAGCAAUGCGACGUGUUGCCACAACACCAGCUAAACGUGAACCAGAGGAGCCAAGUCCACCAAUGCCGGUCAGUAGUUUCAAGAGUUUGCGUAGCAAUGAUAUGCGUUACAGUGACUAUCCGGUGGCACGAGUCAAAAGCGAACCAGUUGUGGUGGGCGAUGAGGCUUUAUCAUCAUCAUCAUCUUCGACGAUGACGACAAAUCUAGUUUCUCAUGCCAACAUUGUGGUUAGUAUACCUCCAUCUCAAUUGAGCAAAUCUUCUGGUUAUGGCGAUGAGGGAGUCUUUGAGCUUAAGACAGCCAACAAGAAAUCAAACCAUUUGCCUAAAUUGAAAAUCGAAUUGAAUAGCAUGAAGAGUAAAUUAUCUAUGCCCAAAUCGGCUGGUGCCCGUCUAGAGGAGACCUCUUCGGCACAGCAAUUGGAUUUGGAGACAUAUGCCAAAAAUAUAGGCCUAAAACCAAUUGAACCAGCAGCUACAACUACUGCACCAAUUGUGGCAGAUACCAAAUUUAGUCCAAAUGCCUCGCCCAGGUCCUCAUGCUCAUCCUCCACGAAUGGUUCUAGUUCGAAUGGUUUGAAUGAAGUGGUCAUCAGUUCCAGUUCAAGUUCGCAUCGUAAACGCAAGAAGAAACACUCCAAAGAGCCAAAAGAUGCCAAUGGCAAACGCAAGAAGUUGCAUGCAGAGAUUAGUUCACAAACCGAUGGCAAAAUGAAGAUGAAAAUAACCACAACUCCAAAAGGAACACACAAGGUCGAUCUGAAGCGUUCACAUUCUUUGGCCGGUGGGGAAUUGGCCUCGGUGACGUUAACCCAUUUGAAAUUGGAUGAGAAGACCCGGGAAAAUAACGAUGUCUUGAAUAGAACUUUGGGUGAAGAGGCACGGAGCAUAAGUGAUUUGAUAACGCCAACUUCCUUGGGGGCGACUAAUGAGAGUCAGAGUAAAGUAAAUACCAAAGAACUAACUUUGCCGGCCUCACCGCCUUUGCCGCCAAGUUUAUUCAAAGCUUUUACCCCAAAUACAACAACCACAGCAACAUCCUUAUCCUCACCAGCUACAACUACAACAACAAUGGCCAAUGUCACAAAAACAGCAACAACAACAACAGCAGCUCCUGUUUCCGUUUCUCUUCCUGUGGCGGCUACUUCUUCUUCUUCAAGUGUUCCUAUGAAACCAAAACAGCAACAACAACAACAAGCAUUGAGUCAAAAUAAUCGCAGUAAACCACAUUUUGUGGUGCCACAAGCGCCACCGCCACCAAAUAGGCCAAUGCCACAUACCAUGCAACGUUACCUCUCCACGCCCAGUUCGAUAGCCAGUGCAGCCAAUAAGCCAACUGCCAAGCGUUCAAUAUCCAUCGAUGAGACACAUCCAGGGAAACAGCAACGUUUCCAUCAUCAGCAUCAUCAUCUGCAUCAUCAGGGUCAAACGCAGGCAGCCAAAUGGCAAUUAAAUCAUGGUCCAAAGAUGUCCCAUCAGCCACAGCAGCAGCAGCAGCAGCAAAUGCGUCUCUAUGGACCCGAGAUGGCCAAAUCGUCAAUGCCUUUGCUAUGUCCGAACUUGAGUUUAACCAGUUUGCCCAAUCAGGCAAUUAGCAUAACACCACGCCCACGCUCGACAACGACAACGACGACGACGACCACCACCAGCUGCAGCACCACCAGUCAGGGAACAGGUAACAACAACAACAACAACAACUUGUUAAGCUAUCAUCCCACUGCAAUGGAUCAUCAUAUGCCCGCUUUGGAGAUAUUACGUCUUGGACCACAUAAACCAAAAUUGACAAUGCCACCCCUAAGCCCGCCCAGUUCACGUUUGAUGGGACCACCAAUCGGUUUACCCGCCAAGCCGGGACAAUUAAAAAUGCCCAUACCAACAGUAUCGAAAUCGCCGCCACUUUCGGUUGUAUUAAGUGGACAACGAUCACAGGGAAUUGGAGUUGGUACCGGAGCAUCUUCGUGUUCUUCGGCUUAUCGGACAUCUCCGCCGGCCUUAAAUUUUCUCAAUAACAUUGUUCCCUUGCCGUUUUCAUCAAAGUCGUCGUCGUCGUCGUCGAGCGUCAAUUCAAAGAAAUCCCCAACGGCAACGGGUCAGCAAACAAGUAAAACCAAUGGCACGAGUGACAAGUUUAAAACAAGUUUACGUGAAUUUCGACCGCCGCCGCCAACGACGACGACGACAACAACAUCCAGUCCAUCCAGUCAAGCAACAGCAACAGCGAAGGAUGCCGACAUACUUGAUUUAUCAGCCAAGCAAAGCCAGGUUCAAUCGAAGGCGCCUACAUCAUCUCAGCCCUUGGUUAGCAAUAGCCUGGAGGUGGCAUUGAAUAAAAUCAAACAGAACAUAUCCGCAAACAGUACUACCUCCAGUUCCAGCACCACCACCGCCUCCACGGCAGCCGCCAAUGCCAACUCCAACUCCAAAGCAUCAUCUGCGUCUGGGUCUGCAUCGUCGUCUUCAUCGUCGUCGUCGUCGUCGUCGUCGUCGAGUGGCGAUGAUCUACAGAAUCUGCAUAUGCUUUCGGAAUCGGCAACGGCACGCGAAAAGAUUUCAAUCAAGUUUGAGAACAACAAGCCAAAGAAUGCCAAUGCCAAUGCUGUGGUAAGACCACAAAAUGCUUCAGUACGUAGUAUACCAAAUCCGUCGGCUUUGGCCUUUCGCAAUCAGCCAGCCAUUACAGCCACUCCAGCAACCGUUAGCAUGACCGUUAAAACCGAUGAGAAGCUGUCUAAACUAACCACUUCAACCUCCACCUCCUCCUCCUCCCAACCGACUACACCCAAUUCCAUACAAGUCAGUCCAACUAAUAGUAACUCAUCGAGUGCGGCAGCCACUUCGCCGCGUGCUUUAACCAAGAAACCCACAACAAUUGAUCAAGUGGCCGCCAAUUUGAAUAUACGCGCCGAAGCCAAAGCAGCAGCUCUGGCAGAAGAAGCACCAGCACCAGCCAAAUCACCGGAGGUGGCCAAAACCACACCACCACCAGCUGCAGCUGCUGCUGCUGUAAGCAAAUCCAUGGAAUUGAAAGAAGCAACCACCACGACAGUUACGGUCACUGCUGCGAGUACGUUAUUGACCAUGCCAACAAAUAUGGUCAGCAGUAGCAAUGUUCCACCUCCAGCUCCAGCCAGUGUCCAGCUAUCCCAAGAAGCCGCCAUGUCAAAGCCGCCCGUACAAAUUUCAGCUACUGACACUUUGGCUCCGGUGGCAAGUUCCGCUUAGUCACAAGCAUUUCUUUGGCUAUGUGGUAGUCAGAUGUAUCUUGUGGCGCCCCUGGAGAAUCUACAGAAUGCCAACAACAACAACAACAAUAACAACUAAUCUUAAAGGCGCCAAGUUCUAAACAAUUAGCACCACAGAGAGAAAUAAUUUACACUAUGUGCAAUUUGAGUUUUUGUUUCUCUUAUUAACGGGUAUCAAGUAACAAUUUCAUAUAUGAAUGCAUGGGUAAAAAAAAAGCCUUAACAAAAAACAAAAACAGAAAACAAAAAUCAACCAGAAAUACCUUCGAAAUAUCGAAAGCAAUAUUUAAGUAUAACAAACAAAACAGAACUCCAUAAGAAACAUAACAUUUUUUCA